AUGAAGGAUAUCUCUUUCAUUGUUGCAUCUAUUAUUGUGGAUAUUUUCCUACAUUUCCAUUGGUUGCAGUUUAUUCAAAUAAUAUCAGUCCUGCUUUUUGUGGGAGUUCCUGCUAUUAUUUUGGCUUGGAUUGCGCUGAUCACAUGUGUUCAACGGAACUUGAUCCUGUGGUCAGAAAACGGAAUGGACACCCAAGACACUCUGUUAGGCAGACCUCUUCUUUUUCCGAGUCAGUUGACACAUGCAAGGAUGUUUCCAGAGAGAUAUCAUUACGGGAUUGACUACUUCCUUGUUGGCAUUCCUGUCGGACUUUGUGGCCGCGCUGGAGCGAUAAUUUCGAUUGACAGCUAUGAGUCAAAUCCAGACCAUCUAUCAAAAGAAACCCUAAGGUCCAAGUUAUUAUCGUUUUCUCGAAGUUUAAUCUGGUUCAGAAUCAACCCGGGUCAAUACCUCCACCGUGGCGAAAGUCAUCUAACUUCGCAGGGUGAGAACCCAAAGAAAUAUCCAUACGCCUAUCUUAUCAGCAUUCCUCAGUUUUUCUGGUGGACCAAGAGUCCAAUCUCGUAUUGGUAUCUCUACUCUUCCACCAAAGAGCUCAGCGCGAUGAUUAUGGAAAUCAACAACUCAUACGGCGAAAAGAAGAACUCGUUCUUUCGACUUCAUAAAGAAGUGAAUUCAUCAUUCCCAACCGCGAAAGCUUGCACCGAAUUCAGCACUAUACAAGCAAGAAGUAGUAGUGGAACCAAAGCUGUUAAAUUUGUGUCGUCAGCUCCCUCCGCAAAAUAUUAUAAGGGCACCUGGGAGAAAGACAUAUUUGCAUCCCCAUUUGAGAAGGUUGAGGGUGGUUUUACCCUCCGAUUUAUGGAUCCUCUCGACCCUCAACCAGAAAAGGGCGGCCCACUACAUUCCAACAUGACUCUGAUGAGCACAUCAGGCAAACCAAAAAUAUCCAGUCGUUUGUUUUCGCAAGCUCCGCCGUUGGAUCCUCUCUUAGCAUCAAGCUGGGACGUAACCAAGUGUCUUCUGCGCUGGUCUUUUGUCAUCCCAUCGUCAAUUGGUCGAAUUGUAGUGGAGGCUCUUCGCAUUCGCUUCAGAGGCAACAUGCCUUACUUGAACAAGCCUGAUGUGAAACCGAACAAUAUCCCACGCAAUGCUUCGGAAACCGAGAGAGUUCUAGAAGGUUUCUUUCGUCUAUUCCUAUUCCAUCUAGUUGAAUCUUGUCAGAUUCCGUUGACAGUGAUUUAUACACCUGCCAAAUCACUGCAUCUUCAUCCCAUUUUUAUGCAUUCCUCAGCCAAGAUGUUGACUUCGGCUCCCCCUCCCACUCUUUUGAUUCAACCUCUUACACCUCAGUUUUACACCAAUAUUCUCAAUUACGAAGACAUCAAAGUGGGGCUUGCUUGUGAAAUAGAAGACAAGCCUCAAGUAUCCGAUCCAAUAUCCAAGCGUUUGUGGGUCUCUGAUUCCAUUCUGUUAAAUAAUUUCAUAUCCUCAGCAGAGGGAUCUUCUUCAUUCCAAAAGCAGGCCAAACCACAGCCUGAUUCAGCUGAUUCCGAUAUGCUGGGUCUAGCUGCAGGCUAUCUUGUGCCACGAAGAAAUUCAAAAUCCAUGUCAUUCAUGGAUUCAUUCAUACGUGCCUCCUGUUCGGCUCGCCAGCGUCGAAAAUAUAAAGCGGCACGCAUUCACCGCUAUCUGACAGAACGCUUUGCAUUGGGUUCAUACAGAUUGGCUUCCGUUUAUGGAUUCUUGCUGCAAAUUGCAGUAAUGCAGGUGGCCUGGAGAAGUCUGCGACAGAUGCUGUAUUACCCAAAUCCGUUGUGUCGGGAAAACUUUCUGGUUGCUUCAGGGGUAUUUUUUCUAGGGGUCCGAGCGUGGUCGAUACUGACUGAUAGCCUGUACUGA